AUGUCAUCUCCUCAAAACAACGAAAACUUUCAUCCUCCUCCGAACGAGGAGGAGUACGAGGAGGAUAUUUUUAGAGCCAUCGACGCCAACGACCUCGCGCUCGUCCAAAGAAUCAUCUCCGAACAAGGCACAGACUGCGUCUUGAAGAGAAUCUCCAACUCCAAAACCACUCUCAUGCGCGCGUGCGAAACGCACGGGAACGAAUCUAUCGUUGAAGUAUUACUCUCAUCUGGGGCACCAUGGAACGCAGUGGACGACGAUGGGCACUGCGCGGGAGAAUACGCGGCGGAGAAGUAUCCUCACCUCGCGUCUCAGUUGAUGGAUUAUGGCGUGGAGGUUGAAUUGCUAUUAGGGGAUGAAAUCAGGGCGAGUGGAGCGUACGAAACGGACACGUCGUAUCUUUCGGAAAAGUUGAAGUACGACGCAAACGAUCGAUUGCUAGACGCGCAAGGCGAUGCGGUGAUGAUGAAAUGGGAAACACCUCUGAUGAAAUUGCACGCGGAGAAGAUUUGCGAUGUGGAGCAUGGGAAGGAAUCAGAAGCCGUCGUGUUGAACGUCGGGUUCGGGCUUGGUAUAAUCGACGGCUUCAUUCAAGAUUUGAAGCCGAAGACGCACGUGAUAAUCGAAGCGCAUCCGGAUGUGUACGCGCACAUGAAAAGGAAAGGCUGGGAUGAGAAAGAAAAUGUCGUCGUAGUGUUUGGACGGUGGCAAGAUGUCAUCGAGGACUUGGCGAAAGAAUACUCGUUCACGGGGGCGUUUUUCGAUACCUACGGCGAGACGUAUAACGAAAUCAGAGAGUUUCACGUACAUUUACCGAAGUUGUUUCAAAAGAGUAAAAAGGAAGGAAAACGGUGCACGUACUCGUAUUUCAACGGUUUUUGUCCAGAUAACAUCUUCUUUCACAUGGUGUACAAUAGACUCAUAGCGAAAGAAUUGAAGGACUUGAGCGGGAUGUCGACGACUUUUGAAUCGGUUAAAGUAGACAAGAUUGAUUGGGAAGGUGUUACUGGACACGGAAAGUACUGGGAGAUGGAAACGUAUUUCCUACCAACGAGUACGUAUUGUUAA